CGGCCUGAAUCCUAUAGGGAGAGAGAGAAAAUCAAGCCUUGUGCCCGGGGUGUGACAACGAGAGCUUCGUCUACUACCUACCUGAACCAGUGGAGCUCUGUGUGGGAACGAGGAUCCCCCGGCACUCAACUACCUACCUGAACCAGUGAGGCCCUGUGUGGGAACGAGGAUCCCCCAGUGCUGCGAGCAUCAGUGGAGUGUUUGCCCUGGUCUGACUGUGUUCGAUUCUGCCUCCAGGAGAAGCGGAGCGCGCCACGGGUUGCUGGGCCAGAGCCCCGGCCCCCAGUCUUUUCCCCAAGUGGCCCUGGAGGCAAAGGAGCCAUAUUAGUUUUAAAGUUCCCUUUUUCCCUUCCCCCUUUCCCCUUUUUAAAUAUUUAAUAAAGCUUGUUUUAAUUAUAGUAUACUCGUCUGUCUGGUCAUUGGGGUGGUCUUGGGAAACUCCUCGAGGUGGAAGAGUUAAGAGGGGUGUGGCCCAGUAGCAUAUUCGGGUCCGCCCCGGGGUGUGACAGAUUUGGCGUAGUCGGCAGGAUUCCACCUCGAGUUGAGCGACCAAGGUCCUCCAAUGGCCGACGACGAGUUGCCCGAAGCCCCGCCCCGUGUUGUGCCUGAAAGGCCAGAAACCCCACCCCGUGUUGUGCCGGAAAGGCCGGAAACACCACCCCGUGUCAUGCCCGUGUUCCUGGGAAACCCCUGGGUGCAGAAGUAUACUGGGGUCGAGUCCGAGGUUCAUUUGACGGAGUGGAGAGCCCAAAUCGAGUAUUUGGCCGGCCUUCAAGGGCUGAGUGCCAGUCAACAACAGCAGUUUGUAUUAAACUCACUAGGAGGAGAAGCCCGGCGAGAAGUACAGGCCGCCCCCGAAGCCGUUCGAGCCACCGCCCAGACCAUCUUCCACUUCCUCACCGAGCAGUAUGGUGAUACCACCCCUGUGGCCGUCCUGAGGGCGCAGUUCUUUAAUUGUAAGCAGGGCCCCCACCAGUCCAUUCGAGCCUUCGCCCUGAAGCUGCGCGAGCAGUAUACACGCCUACAGCGACGACGAGAUCAUGGGAUUGGAGAUGAGGAGACCCUGUUAAGGGACCAGUUCCUGUUAGGGCUACGGGAGGGCCCCCUACGACAAAAUCUCCGAGUGCAGUUUAGACGAGACCCUGAGCUCACGUUCGAUGACCUGAAAAAGGAGGCCAUGGCCUUGGAAGGCGACCAAGCGGAAGCCAAGGAGGCCCCCGUAUGUGCAGCAGUGAGUGGCCCGGCGGCAGCCUCGGAGGUAUCAGACUGGAAACAAACAUUGAAGAUGGAGCUCUUAAAAGACGUGCGAGAUCAGAUGGCCGAGCUAACCAAGGCCCUGGUAGGGGAACUGCGCCUAGGGCCGGGAAGGAAAGAAGAAGGGCCCGCCCCCCGAGAACGGACGUACUCUGAGCGAGGCCGGGAUGGGAUGAGGCGGCCCUGGCAGGCGAGUCGGCCUAGGUUCGAGUGGGACGAGCAAGGGAGGCCCAUUUGUAAUCGGUGUGGGACCGCCGGGCAUGUGAGUAGGCAGUGCGGACCACGAAGAGCCUCCGAGGGGGGGUUUUUAAGACGACCGGCCACAGUGGGUCAUGUGGUCGGCGCCCCGCAAAGUGACCCCCAUAGAAGAAUGGAACCCAAGGACGGGAUGAUUGGGCUUAGCCCAAUAGUAGAGGCCCAGGUAUGUGGCACCACGGUGCGCUGUCUCGUCGACACUGGUUCUCAAGUGACUUUAUUUUCAGAAAGCUUGUCCCAUGAAUUAUUCGGAGCCCACCCCGCACACAAGGUUGAAGCGCCCUGGCUUACCCUGAAGGGGGCGAACGGCUUAGAGAUCCCCUACAUCGGCUAUCGACUUACCGACUUUGAAUUGUAUGGAGUACGAGUUCCGCAGAAGGGGGUCAUCAUUGUACAGGACCAUUGCCUCGGCCGUCAUCGAGCCCUCUUGGGUAUGAAUGUCCUCUCGGAGUGUUGGGAGGAGCUAUUUCGGGCUAGGCCCGUUCAGACAAUACCGAGGGCCGAGCGGCCAGGCUGGGAACGAGUAGUGGCCGACUGCAGGCGAGUGCAGCUGGCUAAGAACCAAGAUGGCCGAGAAGAGGUUGGUCGAGUAGCAUGUCGAUUCGCAUUGUCGGUGCCAGCAGAAAGUGAAGCCAUAGUGUGGGCCAGGGUGCCACAACAGCGUCGAGGCUCGGAGAGCUGGGUGUUGGUGGAACCUCACGAAGACUGCACACAGGUGAGGGUGGCCCGAGGACUGACGGUAGUACGACGAGGCCGAGUGCCAGUGAAGGUCUGUAAUGAAAACCCCUACCCAAUACACUUACACAAGCACCAGCGGCUGGUGACGGUGACGUCGGUCGAGGGACAUCAGGUGCGGGACAAGGAAGAUGUGAGUUUCCGGCGAGUGCACCCUGCAGUAGUUGAGGUAGCACUAACGCAAACCGUAGGAGCGUCUAGGACGAGGGAGAACAAGGUACCGGCCCACUUGACAGGGGACUCCUUACGAGGAGAGGACCUGGAGCAGGAACAAGUGGAAGAGCUACAGAAGCUACUGAAGAAAUGGCAACAUGUGUUUUCCACCCAUGAUGAAGACUAUGGUUGCACGACGGUAAUACGACAUAGUAUCCCUACGGGAGAAGCUGCACCAAGCCGGGAGCGGUACCGACCAAUACCCCCCACCCUAUAUACCGAAGUAAGGACCCUUUUGCAAGGUAUGCUAGAGCAGGGGAUCGUGAGAGAGAGUAGUAGCCCAUGGGCGGCACCGAUAGUGCUUGUCCAGAAGAAGACCGGGGCCUGGAGGUUCUGUGUGGACUAUAGGAAGUUGAAUAGCUUGACCAAGAAAGACGCGUUUCCCUUACCUCGUAUUGAGGACUCCCUGACGAGUUUGACCAAGUCUGCCUGGUAUUCCACCUUGGAUUUGGCCAGCGGGUACUGGCAGGUACCGGUUGAGGAACGGGACCGAGAGAAGACCGCCUUUACCACGCCAUUUGGUCUUUUUGAGUGGGACCGGAUGCCCUUCGGUCUUUGCAACGCCCCCGCCACCUUCCAGAGACUGAUGCAACGAUGUUUGGGAGGUCAGUUAAUAGAAUCUGUGCUGGUAUACCUUGAUGACGUGAUUGUGUAUUCCCCAGACUUCGAGACUCACUUGCAGCACCUGGAAAAGGUGUUCCGAGAGAUGGAGAGGUAUGGGUUGAAGUUGCAACCGGAGAAGUGCCACCUGCUGUGCCGUAAGGUGCAGUUCCUGGGACACGUGGUGAGCGCAGCUGGUGUGGCCGUUGAUCCCGGGAAGGUAUCGGCAGUUCGGGACUGGGAGGUCCCCAGGACUGUAAGGCAAGUGAGAUCAUUCUUAGGCUUUGUUGGCUACUACCGACGAUUUAUUAAAGGGUUCUCUAAGAUCGGCAGGCCCUUGAACCAGCUGCUGGUCGGGACGGGACGACCACGGGGACGAGGAUCCCCCGCGGUGGGAUGGACCCCAGAAUGUGAGACGGCCUUUAGGGUCCUGAAGCAAGAACUUUUACAAGCCCCGAUUUUGGCGUACGCUGACUUCUCUCAACCCUUCCUACUCUAUACAGAUGCCAGUAAUCUGGGCCUGGGAGCGGUGCUUGCGCAGAAACAAGAUGGAGUGGAACGGGUGAUCGCCUAUGCCAGCCGGAGCCUCCAUCCCGCUGAACGAAACGAUGCAAAUUACAGUUCUUUCAAGCUCGAACUGCUGGCGCUGAAGUGGGCCUUGAGCGAGAAAUUCAAGGAUUACCUCUGGGGAGCCAAGGUAACCGUGGUCACCGAUAACAACCCUCUGGUACAUUUGCAGACAGCCCGGUUGGGAGCAGUAGAGCAGCGAUGGGUGGCCCAGCUAGCCAAUUACAACUACCAGCUGCAGUACCGCCCGGGACGGGAGCACACCAACGCAGAUGCCCUCUCCCGGUUGCCAGCUAGGGCCGAUUCGAGGGGCCCGGCCCCAUUCGAGGGAGAACAAGGAGAGGAAGGACUGAUGGUCGGCGUAGUGGAGGCGCCUGGGAGCCAACGGGAGGCAGCACCUGUAAGUUGGGGAUGGGACCCCCAGCGUUGGAAGGCUAGACAGCAGGAGGAUCGAGAGCUGCGGAAUCUGGGCGAGUGGCUUCGGCAGGCCCGGCGACCGACCCCCGCCGAGAGACAAGCCCAGACAGAGGUGGGUCGAAAAAUACUGGGACAAUGGGAGAAAUUGAAGUUGCGUGAAGGUGUAUUGUGUAGGGCCAUACGGGACCCGGGGACCGAUGAGGAGGUUAGCCAGAUUGUGGUACCGGCCAGCCAAGUUCGGGCACUGUUAGAGGCCUACCAUGACCAGAUGGGACACCAGGGGCAGGAACGCACCAUGUCGUUGCUACGCCGACACUUCUAUUGGCCAGGAAUGGAGAUUUCCGUGAGUACGUUCAUUCAAGCAUGUCCCCGAUGUACUCUGUUUAAAUCCCGGCAGGAACCCCGAGCACCGAUGGUCCCGAUCCUCGCAAAGGCCCCCCUCCAUAUUGUGGCGAUGGACUAUCUGACCCUGAGUCGUCCCAAGGACCGGUACCAGAACAUCUUAGUGGUAACAGAUUUGUUCACCAAAUACGCCUGGGCUAUCCCCACCCUCGACCAGACAGCAAGUACCACGGCCACAGCAUUAUGGAGGGCAGUGUUCCAGCCAUUUGGGUGCCCUGAGUUCCUGCACUCGGAUCAGGGCCCGAACUUCGAGUCCCGCGUCAUCCGAGAGCUAUGCCAACUGUACGGGUGUGUAAAGACCCAUACGACCUCUUACCAUCCCCAAGGAAACGGAGGAUGUGAGCGCUUCAAUCAGACCCUGUUGAAUCUGCUGGGAACUCUGGACCAGAGACGCCAGGAUGAUUGGGUGAGUGCUUUGCCGAAUCUAUUACAAGCCUAUAAUAACAGCGUGCACAGUACAACGGGGUAUGCCCCCACGUACUUAAUGUUUGGAAGACACAUCCGCUUGCCCACAGAUCUCCUAUUGGGAGCAGCGGGAGGUGAGAGAGAAGGGAACGUGACCGAGUGGGUGGGACGACACCACCACCGUCUCCACUUUGCCUACGAGCAGGUCAAUAAGAAGAUCCAGGCGGCCGGGGAGAAGAACAAGAGGUUGUACGAUAGGACGGCGCGGGAUGCUCCCCUGCUCCCUGGAGAAAGGGUACUAGUCCGGGACAAUCGGCGACUAGGUGGAGGCAAGCUGAGUGAUGGGUGGGAGGCGAGGCCGUACAUUGUGCAACGGCAGCAGAGACCGGGGCAGCCGGUCUACACGAUCCGGCCCGAAGGGAAGCCUGGGCCGGAUCGGGUGGUCCAUCGGAACAUGAUCCGCCCUUGUCCAAAUUAUCCCCCACUAGCCACAGAGGUGGCUCCUAAGGAGCCGGAGGCUGCUACCCCCUGGUAUGGAGGGUGGGUCAUCUUUCCAAGAGGCCCGGCGGAGGGGCCGGCCCGAGUGGCCCCAAGGGAGCCUGAGAACUUACCUGUCGUAGUGGGUCCAGUGAACGACGUAGCCCCAGAGGCUCCAGGAGAGCCGGAUAACUUACCUGCUGAAGGAGCCCCAGAGGCUCCAGGAGAGCUGGAUGACUUACCUGCCGAAGAAGCCCCAGAGCCCCCACCACAGCGCCCCCAGCGUGAGACCCGGGGGCGGCCGCCCAUCUGGUAUGGAGAGUGGGUUACAGGAAGCGGUUCUAGGGACUAGAACCAUUUCGGCGGGGGAGGAUGUCACAGGUGACGUUUUAAAUGAACGACGGGCGGAACCCGGCUUCCACAUCUUAUUUGGACGACGGGCGGAAUCCGGCUUCCACACUUCAUAUCCGGGGUUUCCCCAAAGGCAAAAUUAAGCCUGAUCACGCUCAGGUGGGGCAAAUUAACACAGCGGUUGCUAAUAGGCUAACGAGGAGAAGAGUCAGGGUAUAAAGGCACCUUUGCAGACAUUAAACGGGGCUUGUGGUAUACUUUGUGUACGUUGUGUUGCUGCUUUGCAGACGGACCACGCUGGUCGGAUCGCUCUCCUGGGGAAGAGAGUAAGAGACAGUCAGCGGACGAAGGAAUAUUGUGGAGUUUCCGUGAGAAAGAGUGGACACAGAGCCAUCGAGAGCACAGUGAACAGAGGUUAUUGGCAACUAAGCGUGAGUAACCGCUGUGAUACUUCUCUGUACAUGACUUGUAUGAAGAGUUGUCCUGGUGUGUGUUCUUGUGUUUCGUGAGGUCCCUGGCCCCACUGGAGAGGAGAGCGUGGGUGAGCCGCGGUUGACCAGAAGCACGGACAAAGCACCGCCCGCCAGUAAGCCAGUGGCCCUGUGGGAAAGAGGAAGUGCAGGUGAGCCAGGGAAGUGAUAACCGACACGCCGGGCCUGUGAAUACCAUACAUCUCUCCCUCCUUUGUGAUCCAGUUGUUGCCCAACCAAUCUCUCGAGGUCGUCGUGGUCAGGUGGCAAGGACGAUCUAAAAUUCACGUGACGUGGUAUAAGAGUGCUGUGGGUGAGUUUCACUGAUUGAUGGUGUUUACGCUUGACUUGCUGUGCGUAUGCUGUGCUUGUAGCGUUCGAACUGCCCAGCCUCCGACGAGACACGAGAUGGUGACACCUGUUGCGGCCUGAAUCCUAUAGGGAGAGAGAGAAAAUCAAGCCUUGUGCCCGGGGUGUGACAACGAGAGCUUCGUCUACUACCUACCUGAACCAGUGGAGCUCUGUGUGGGAACGAGGAUCCCCCGGCACUGUGAGUAACGCAACCUGUGAAAUAACCUGUUCUGUGCUUAUAGCAACUACCUACCUGAACCAGUGGAGCUCUGUGUGGGAACGAGGAUCCCCCGGCACUGUGAGUAACGCAACCUGUGGAAUAAUCUGUUCUGUGCUUGUAGCAACUAC